AAGUGAUUUUACGAAUUAAUGAAAAAGAAAUAUCUAUAAUAGAAUAAAUUAAUAAAAGCGUAUAUUCAAUUAUUAAUUAAUAUUAAAAAAUAAAUAAAGUAAAUGGAUGCUAUGCAUAUACAAUUUAACAAAUCUAUUAAGUCUUUAUUAUUAAUAAUUUAAAUAAUUUCAAUUCAGCUAUGUUUACAAUUUAUUUUUAUAUAUUUAUUCCCAACAUAUACAUUUAUAAAAUCACAUAAAUUUAAAUUAAAAGUGUUUGAAUUAAAAAGUAUAGUAAAAAGAAUACAUAUUAAUUUUUUUAAUUACAUUAAACAAUUUGACAUUAAUAAAUGAAAAUUAAUAAUUUAAUUAAUAUUUAUUUUAAUUAUAAUAUUAUAUUAACAAAGAAUAAAUAACAAUAGUGAAAAAUUAACAAAAUUUAAUCUAUAAAUAAAAAUUAUAAAAAUAAAAUAUAUUCAAUUAAAUAAUAAAUUACAACAAAAAAAAAAAAUAAGAAAAAUAAAAUAAACAAAAAGCAGAAAACAAAAAAAAAAAAAUACCAUUGAUUAAAUUUUUUACAUAAUUCGUAUGUCAACCACACUGGCCAAUAAUAAUAAUAAUAACGGAACCGCCUUUACGGAGGAUCCUGAACAUGAUAGCGGACUAUUACCAGAUCUAAAUGGCGUUGAUUUGGUUAUGAGCUUAUCUCCAAAAUCAUCAUCAAUUGUAACAACUUCAACAGCAUCACAUCAACAUACAUCAUCAGUAACAGCAGCAGCAGCCGCAGCAGCACAUCAUAAUUUAACAAAUUUAACAAAUUUACAACAUUUACAAAAUUUACAUCAACAUCAUCAACAUCAUAAUCAUCAUCAUCAUCAUCAUUCAAUAUUAAAUAAUAGUCAUUCAACACCAUUUAGUGUUACGGAUAUAUUAAGUCCAAUUGAAGAAUCAUAUCGCAAACUGGAGCUUAGUACGAAUCCACCAUCACCUUAUAGAUCAAAUUCUAGCGGCAGUAGUGUUAAUUCACCUAGUGCAUUAGGAAAUAGUUCAUCAAGUAUGGCAAAUCCAUACGCAAUGGGACCUCUAUAUCAUAGUCCUGGAGUACAAAGUUAUUGUGGUCCUACAGAUAAUUUAUCUUUAGGCCAUUAUACAGAUAUGAGAAGUUCAGCUGGAUGGUAUGGAUCAACAGCGAAUGAUCCAAGAUUUGCAAUCUCAAGAUUAAUGGGAAGUUCAGCAGGAGGUACAAUGGGACAUGCAAUGAGUAAUAUGGGAAGUUUAGCGGCAUGUAGUGUCACUGACACAAAACCCAUGCAAUUUCCUUUAGCUCAAAGAAGAAAACGUCGAGUGCUCUUCACUCAAGCUCAGGUUUAUGAAUUAGAAAGAAGAUUUAAACAACAAAGAUACUUAUCAGCUCCAGAAAGAGAACAUUUAGCAAGUUUAAUUCAUUUAACGCCAACACAGGUAAAAAUUUGGUUCCAAAAUCAUAGAUACAAAUGUAAACGGCAAGCAAAAGAAAAAGCUAUGGCUGAACAAAAUCAACAAAAUCAGUCAGCCAGUUCACCACGGCGAGUUGCUGUACCAGUUUUAGUUAAAGAUGGUAAACCAUGUUCGAGUACUUCAAAUUCAACGCCACAACAACAGCAACAACAACAAAAUGUUGGUGGAAGUAGUGGUAAUGGUAAUGUUACAACAGGUAGUAAUAUAUUAACUGGAGCUGAAGCACCUCAUACUCAUUCACCAGAUACAUCAUCAACAUUAUUGUCCAGUUAUAAUGGUGCAAGUCAUAAUGCACAAAUGUUACAACAGCCAUGCAAUAAUUCCCUUAUGUCAAAUAGUUUAGCGAUGGCAUAUAGAAAUCAAAAUAAUUUUAUGGGUAACAGUCAUCAACAACAAUGUGGUGGUUAUUUACCUUUACAGGGAAGAGCAUGGUAAUAAUUAAUUGAUUAUUAAGAUUAAUAAUUAAAUAUAAUUAAUAUAAUAAAAAUUUUAAAAUAAAUUUACUAUAUAAUCUAAAUAUAUAUAUAAUAUAUAUGUAUUAUAAAUAAUUAUAAAAUAAAGAAAAAAAAAAAUUGUUUAAAUUUUAGGAUAGUUAUUUUUUUUCUUAAUUAUUUUUUUUUUUUAUAUAUAUACUUAUAAUUAAAUGCCAAUAAGAUAUUGCAUUUACUUUUGAAAUGUUAUGUAAAUAUAUAUGAUUUUUUUAGUAUGACAUCGAAAUGAAAUUUUAAGUUAACCUUUAAGUGUUAAAUUUGUCUUUUUCCAUGACACCACGAAUAAUUUUAACUGUAAUUAUAUUUGUUAUGAAAGCUAAUUAGCAAAGAAACAGAAAGGGAGCUUUUAAUUCUCCAAAAAAUUCACAAUAGUUUACGUACUUUUAGUUUUAAAUUCCAAGUUUUAAUAAAAAACAAAAAAUUGGAAAACUUAUGAUACCCCAAUAUUUUGUAGAAAUUUAAUGUCAGCCACCAAUAAAUGCUAGUAUGCAAAUGUAUAUGAUUUAAGCCGUAUAUCUAAACAAAAUUAAUUAAAUUUUUACAAAAUAUAGGUUAAAACUUUUGAAGAUUCUAAUUUGUUAUAUAAAUUUAGUAAUUAUUUAGCUUGUUUACGUAUGAAAUUUUUACUUUUAACCUCACAAUUUAAAUUUCAAUAAAUAAAUAAUAAUAUACUUAAAUAAUUAAUUGCUUUUGGAGAUUAAUUUUAUGUCUUGUCAAAUUUAUAUACCCAACAAAAAAUGUCACUCACACUUUGUCAAUAAUUAUUUGUCAUGUUACACGUCAAUAAUAUUUAAAAAGUAAUAUAGAAAAUCAACCAUGAAAUAAUUUUAAUAUGAGCACUUAUUGGUUAACAAAAAAAAAUAUAUUCAAUAACUAAAGGUUAAUUAAUAUCGAAUUUUCAAUUGUAAUGCGAAUAUCUUACAUUAUAUAUAAAGUUAUAAAUUUAAUUAGAAAAUAUUAAUUUUAAUUUUAAAUAAAUGUUUUUUUUAAGUUACUAUUAGAUUGUUCUCUUUGACAGCUGUAAUGAAUAUUAAAUUAGACAAAAUUCACAUUAAUUGACAAUUUGACAAUUUUGAACAAAUAUUUAAAAAUUAUAAAAUAUUAAAAUUUAAUUGUGAAUUUUCAUUUAACAGAUAAUUAGACAGAAGUAGUUUUAAAAAUGAAAACAAUUUUUUUUUUAUUUUAAUAUUUAAAUUUUACUUUAAGUUACACUGUUGUACAUUGUAAAUAUUAUAAAACAAAAAAAUUUUAAUUAAAUUUUAUUUAACUAAUUAAUGAAAAAAAAAAUUAGUAAUUUUAGGAAAAUAAGGAGAAAAUAAUUCGAAUUUAUUAUUUUGAGAAACAGAAAAUCGAAAAGGAUGGCAAUGUUGAAUUUUUUUCUUAUACAUUUUAAUUAAACCGUAUUUUGUUUAAUUUUCUUAUAUGAAUUUUAAUAUUUCAUAAUAUUUUGAAAUGAAAUAGAAAAUAAAGUUUUUCUAAUAUUAAAAUCUAUAAAUUUAUAUUAUUGUGAAUGAAGGCAAUAUUUUAAAUAAUUUGAAAUUUUACUUAUGACAUAACCUUUAUUAAAUUCAAAUGUCAAACUAAUUUUCAUUCACAAUUAUUUUCACUUUUGAUAUUUAAAAUUCAAGAUGAUUACAAACUGAAAAUAUUUGAGAUAAUUUUCUUGGUUUAAGAAACAUGGAAUAAAAUAAAAUGUUAAAGAAAUAUAUAUACAUGCAAAUACUAUGUUGAAAACACGAUUAACUAUAAGACUAAUUCAAGAAGUAUGAACAAUCCGGAAAAAUUAUUUAAUUACUCUUAUAAUAAUCAAAAUUUUCUUGAAUUAUAUCUCAGUUGAAUUUAUUUUGAAAAGUUCUCAAUUCUAGAAAUUGAUUGCAAUUUUUACUGAUAAAAAAUUUUAAAUUCUUAAAUUUUCUGAAAACUUGAGCAAACCAAUGUCGAAUUCUAUGGUGAUUCCAUUUCAUUUGAACAAAAUAUUUUUUUUAAAUUUAAAAUUUCCAAAAAAAAAGUAAUUUAGUAUAACCACUUUUAUUUUUAAAAUAAAUAGUACUGCAAAUUAAAAAAUUGAAAAUUUAUUAAAUUAAUUAAAAGUAAAACCAAGUAUUACUAAAUUCGGUUUAAUUAAAAUAAAAGAAGGAAGGGGGGAGGGGAGCCGGGGAUUUAAGUUCGAAAUGAAUCGAAAAAUAAUUAAAUGAAAUUUUUUUUAAUUCAUAUUAAAAUACUUAAUCUUAUAUUUAAACAAAAUAAAAAGAUUUUAAGCUUAGAUUUUAGGAUAUUUUAUAUAUAUAUAUAGAUUUGUAUAUAUGUACGUGAAUUACAGUUAAUAUAAAUUUUAUUUUAAAUUGUAUACAUAAAAAUAAUAUUGUUUCGUUGAAAUUUCGUAAAUUUCCAAUAAAUUUAGAAAAACAAAAAUGUGCUUAUUAGUUUCACCUAGUCCAUGAAAGAGGUGUUUUUUACAAGCUAGAAUAGUGAAAUUUUCUAUGUAUAAAAAUUAAUUUUGGAAAGAAACAUUUUUCUCUAAAAAAAAAAUUCUCUCCCUUGAAAGUUAUGGCCCCUCAACGUCCUGAAAUUCAAGUUGUUAUAUUUAAACUGACAAGCAUUUCUUUAAAACGGACAAGCGCAGAAAAAAAGCAAGUCGCUUUUAUUGUAAAUAUUACAACAAAAUUCACUGAAAUUAAUCGUCACUUUGAAUAAUUUUCUUUUUUAACAAUUUUUAUUAUCAGAUGGUAACAUAUAAAAAAUCUUGUAGUAAAAAAAAUUAAAUAUUAAUUAUUGAUUCAAAGAUUACGGUCUGUUAAAAUUAACAAAUUUUCAAUUUUUCGCCACACAUUUUUCUGAAACUGUAAGCUUUUACAAAUUUUUAAAAGUAAAAAACUAACGGUAAAUUUCUUGUCAUCAAAAAAUAUAAUUAAUUAUUUCAAUUCACUUAAUUUGUCUUCGAAUUCCAUCCAUUAUGGUAAAGCUUCUCAUUAUUUUUAAUAUUAUACUAAAAGUAUGCAAUAUUUUUUAUUAAUCUAGCAAGUUUAAUUCCAAUUAAAAAUAAAAUUAUAAAAAUUAAAACAAACUUGAUUUUUAUACUUUUAUUUUUUACUAAGGCAGUUAUUAAUUUUUAAGUGUAUAAUAUAUUUCAAAUUCAGUCUAAACAAUAUUCAAACAUUAUA